AUGCGGGCACCGAGCGCGGUUGUCAUCGCCACCAUGAGCAUUCUCUACGAGCAUGCUGCCGCGUACAACUCCUUGUUCAUCGGGCACAGCUUCUUCCGUCCAAUCGCGGAGAAGAUGCCAGCGCUAGCCUCGGCUGCCGGACUGAACCACAGUCAAGCCAUCGUGUUUAGCGGCGGCGCAACAGGUGCGCCAUUGGCUCUCUGGAACUCGGACUCCAUGCGGGAUGAGAUUCAGUCUAUCCUUGACUGGGGCAACAUUACGCUCUUCGGCAUGACAUUCGACCACACGGCUGAGGGUUGCGAGCUCUGGAUCAACUACGCGCUUUCAAAGAACCCGAAUCUCGACACGUUCAUGAUCGGCCUCCCAUGGCUAGAUUAUCCGACCGAGUACGACACCGACAGCUACACAUCCGUGGUGCGUAACGCGGCGCAAACCAACUGGACGGACUUCUUGGAGGAGCUCCGCGGCAAGUACCCGAAUGUCACGAUCAUCGACAACCCCUACGGGCUGUCGGUUGUCGAGCUCCGUAUCUUGCAGAGCGCAGGCAGCGUUCCCGACGUGACCGCCAUGACCGGCCUCGCCGCAACCUCUCUUUUCACAGACUACAAGGGACACGGAGGCGACAUCCUCAAGGACACAGCCUCGUUGGUUUGGCUGGAUCGCAUCUACCACGUGGGAUGUGGCGACCCUGCCAUCGCCGCCCUGUUCACCGGGUACAUGACCGACGUCUGCUCGGAGACGUGUCUGGACAUCGCUGCGGCAGAGCAAAGCGCGCUCUACGAUGCAGUGUGCUCGGCGCAGUUCGUUCGCGACCAGUGCAAAAUGCCGUCAGAAGGCCAAGCGCGUGAAUGUGGCCACGCGCUUCUCGGCGCAUGCCCGACGUGGGGCAACACUGACCAGUGCUACGCGUGCGCCCAAGGCAACGCCGCUGCACUUGCAAACGAUUGCACCCGAUCUCUAGUGGUCGAUGCGUGCCGACAGCUCAACUCUUAUGAGCUGCGAGAUUCGCUGGAGCUCACGGCUGGCUCGCCACCCGCAGCGCCGUGGUCAGCACCUCCGCUGCUUUCGCCAAGCCCUCCUCCCUUCUUCGCCGACGCCGGUAACGGCGCCAUGCUUGGCAUCAUCAUCGGCGGUACGAUCGCUGCCCUGCUUCUUGGCGGCGCAGCCGUCUAUUUCCUCGUUAGGCUAUUUGUUUAA